UCAGUGUCGCGGAUCUCAUGUUUCACUGGAGGGGCCUCCUUCUUCUUGAAUGGGGCCGAGUUAGGUGGAGGAGGGAGAAGGAGGGCAGCGAGGAGUCUCGAGGAAUCAAAGAUCUCCUUUUUGUCCUCUCGUUCGGGACCCCGACACAUGGGGUCAGUGCGGGCCGCAUGCGUUCUUAGCGUAGGCUGGCUCAGACGUCAAUGAGAGAGAAAAAAAGAGAGGGGGGGCGCGCAAGCGAGCGUUAAUUAGAAAAACCUGGUGAGGCAAUUAAGUGAGAGGAGAGAAGUCGCGCGGAGCUGGGGCGCACACGAUCCGACUUAGUGCUUUGGUUUCCUCGGCACCAUGAGUUGGAGCUUCCUGACGCGUCUGCUGGAUGAAAUAUCCAACCACUCCACCUUUGUGGGGAAGAUCUGGCUGACUGUACUGAUCAUUUUCCGCAUCGUGCUGACAGCCGUUGGUGGGGAAACCAUCUACUAUGAUGAACAGAGCAAAUUUGUUUGCAACACACAACAGCCUGGAUGUGAGAAUGUGUGCUAUGACGCCUUUGCUCCGCUCUCACAUGUCAGAUUCUGGAUCUUUCAGGUGAUAAUGAUCACCACUCCCACAAUCAUGUACCUUGGCUUUGCCAUGCACAAAAUUGCUCGCAUGGAUGACACGGAGUACCGUCCCAUUCGGAACAAGAAGAGGAUACCUAUAGUCAGCCGUGGAGCGGUGCGGGACUAUGAAGAAGCAGAGGACAACGGAGAGGAGGAUCCGAUGAUUGCUGAGGAGAUUGAACCGGACAAGCCAGAAAAAAAAGAAAAAGAAACGAAGCAUGAUGGUCGACGACAAAUUCUGCGUGAUGGACUUAUGAAAGUCUACGUAUGCCAGCUGCUGUGGCGUUCUGCCUUUGAGAUUGCAUUCCUCUUUGGCCAGUACUUCCUCUAUGGCUUUGAGGUGAUCCCCUCCUACAUCUGCACCCGCUCCCCAUGUCCACACACGGUGGACUGCUUCGUGUCCCGACCUACUGAGAAAACCAUCUUUCUCCUGGUGAUGUACGUUGUGUCCUUCCUCUGCCUUUUCCUCACUGUCCUGGAAAUCCUCCAUUUGGGCGUCGGUGGCAUCCGUGACACGUUCCGUAGACGUGCCAUUCUUAAUUCCCGGCGCACUCCACGUCCGCCUUCGUCCCGUUCCUUACCCACGGCCCCGCCAGGAUACCAUGCCACCAUGAAGAAGGAGAAGCUAAAAGGAGAGCUGAGGGACUUGCCAAUGGGCGACUCGGGCCGAGAGAGCUUUGGAGAUGAGGGUCCAUCAUCGAGGGAACUAGAGCGGCUGAGGAGGCAUCUGAAGAUGGCGCAGCAGCAUCUGGAUCUUGCAUACCAGGCAGAUGAAGGAAGCCCCUCACGCAGCAGCAGCCCGGAGGUGAAUACAGCUGUACAGACAGCUGCUGAGCAGAACCGUCUGAACUUCGCACAAGAAAAGCAAGGAGAAUCAAGCGAGAAAGGAAUACAUGCCUGAGCGUGCUUCCUGCCUCAGAUGUCUUGUCCUCCCAUUCCUACUGGCCUUAAAUGUUGGAACGGGAGGGAAGCACACAUGAGGAAAGCAGUCGUACCACUGAGGGAGACCUAAGUGUGCGUUUGUGUGUGAAUGUGUUUGUGUGGAUGAACGAUUUGUGCCUUUCAGUAUUGGUGGUCAGUGCAAAGCAAAGGAACUGCUGACAGAAUCUGUGUGACAGUAAACUUGAAAGCCUG